AUGACCAAUCAGACAAACGGAGAUACGUACGGCGUACCCGGCACCGGCGCCGGCGGUGGCUCCAAGUACAAGCCCUUCAAGGAAGAAGAGGCCAAGCGACCCAGCUUCGAUCCGAGCCUCUCCUACACGCUCACCAAGGCGCCCGACGUCGAAUUCAAGGCAGGUCAGGGUCUCAACAGCCAUCCUGCCUCUGCCACGUUCGGCGCCGAUGAUGCCGAGUACCACGUGAUCCAGAUCGGCAAGACCAAGGUCUCGGCGGCAACCAUGUACAAGCUCAUGGUGUCGUCCAUUGCGCCCCGGCCCGUCGCGCUCGUGACCACGCUCAACGAGGACGGCAGUCCCAACCUUGCUCCCAUCAGCUGGUACCAGAUGGUCUCGCAGGAUCCAGCCAUGGUCAUGAUCUCCUUUGGUGGAUCCGAGAACCGCAGGAAGGACAGCGAGAACAACAUCAAGCGUCUCCAGGAGUUUUCUGUUUCGUCGUCUUCAGAGCCGUAUGCAGAGGCGCUCAACUUUGCAUCGGUCGACUGCCCAUCGGGCGUCAGCGAAUAUGCUCUCACCGGCCUCACUCCAGUCAAGAGCAAAGUCAUUCAGACCCCACGUGUCAAGGAAUCGCCCAUGUCGAUGGAGUGCGAGGUAGAGUACACGCGCGACAUCCUCAAUGCAGAGGGAAAGCAUACAACUACGCUCGUCCUCGGCCGCGUUCGUGUCAUGCACAUCCGCAAGGACAUGAUCCAUCCCGAGACGGGCGCAGUGGACGCUUCCAAGACCCUGCCCAUCACGCGCAUCGGUGGGCUGCAGUACGCCCGCACAAGCGUCGGCUACGAGCUCGAGCGUCCCAAGUGGGACGUCAUCAAGGACAGGCCCGACGUCCAAGAAGCGCUCAAAAACGGACCCAAGCCAUGGUUCGAAAACAAGGACAACGUGCUCGAGUCGUACCCCUAG